CAGGAAUCUUACAGAAAACAAGCAACAACACAGCAUCUCAAAUUUAGCUGAUGGCUGAAAGAUCUGCAUUCACAUCGUUAACAAAGAAAAGAGAAAUGUUGACAAGCACCAGACCCAGCAACCAACUUUCAGCAGAGCCUUCGGGUCGUUGCCCCAGAGCUGUCAGGUUUUUCACAGGAGACAUGCGACAGUGUGGACAGUGGGUGAAAAGGCAGGUUCUGAUAAUCCAGCUGCUGGACGGUAUUUUACGAGGCACGGCUCAGGUCAUGUUUGUCAGCAACCCUGUCAGUGGACUUUUCAUUUUGACUGGCCUGUUCCUGCAGAACCCCUGGUGGGCUCUAAACUCCCUGCUGGGAACUUUUGUCUCCACUGUGUCGGCUUUACUCCUCAGACAAAACAGGGAAGCGAUAUUUGCAGGGCUUCAUGGAUACAACGGGACUUUGGUUGGUAUGCUGAUGGCCGCAUUCUCCUCCAAGGGAAACUGGUACUGGUGGCUUCUGUUCCCAAAUGUGUUCAUGUCCAUGUUGUGCCCUGUAGUCUCCAGUGCUUUGUCCUCCAUUUUGAGCAAAUGGGAUCUCCCAAUUUUCACUUUGCCUUUCAAUAUCCUGAUUUACUUACAUAUCGCAGCAACAGGAGCCACUCACCCAUAUUUUCCAGAGGCAUGUACUAAGUCUCACUAUAUACAUACAUUUGAAUUUUCUCAAGUAGUUUGUAUUAUAAGAAAAAUACAUCUGCACCAUAGCGACUCUCUUGCAAACCUCAGUAUACCACAGCUAUUCUUGUCUGUGCCAGUUGGCGUUGGCCAGGUGUUUGGCUGCGACAGUCCCUGGACGUCGUGUCUCGUCCUUCUGGCCCUGCUGCUAUGCUCGCCAGCUAUCUGCUUACAUGCCUUGCUGGGCUCCGCUGCUGGCCUGUGCUCUGGACUUGCAUUAGCUGCACCUCACGAAGAGGUCUACUCAGGACUUUGGGGAUAUAACAGCGCACUGUCCUGCAUUGCUAUUGGAGGGGUCUUUUAUGGUUUAACAUGGCAGACACACAUACUGUCUCUAAUAUGUGCACUUUUCUGUGCAUACGUGACCUCAGCGACAUCAAAACUAAUGUCUGUGCUCGCGUUACCGGCCUGCACGUGGCCUUUUUGCCUGUCGACUCUCAUCUUCCUCCUACUUUCCUCGGAGAACCCGGCCAUCUGCAGGCUGCCCCUGUCCGCUGUCUCCUACCCUGAGCAAAACCGUCACUACCUGAGGCAAUUAAGGAUGUCAGAAAAGGCUCUGAGCAGCUGCAAGGGAGAACGGACUCAGGAGAGAAUGGAGGGAUGAAUUCUUAGCCGGAAAUGUGAAAAGCAGUUGCAGAUGGGUCUGUAAGAGAGACGUUAUUUUGCAUCAGUUUGAAUGUGGCUGUUGUGAUGUUUAUUUUUUCUGCUUAUAUAACCAGAUCAGUUACAUAAAAGUGAGUGUCUUCUGGUCGAAAAAUGUUUUGCUCACAACGCAGUACAUCUUGCGCUCUGCAGGUGGCGACACGCAACCACAAAAACAUGAAGCCAGACCGGAUGGAAAAUCAGGAAGAUGUAAAAAACUGUACCUGCACUUUUAGUUGCAAGUUGUUGUGAGUUUUUUUACUUUACUUCAUUAAGAACAUAAAGUAGUUUCUACCAUGUGUGAAAUCAUUUAGGGCUCCCAUAGGGAGAGGGGAUGUGAGCAUUCUUCUGCUCAUCAUAAACCAGUUUUGGUGGGUGCUUGUGGAAGAUUUAAUAUUCAGCAGUCUUUCAUCAAUGCAGACAGUAAGCUGCGGGAUAUUCUCCAAAUUGUUCCCUCUGCAAACCCCCAUUUCACUGCCACCCAUAAUCCAUCAGUGCAUUCCAAUCUGUCCUCUUGUUUUUUAAUUAUUUCCCUCGGUUCAACCACUUUUUAUGAGCCGGUUGUGUCGCUUAUCUUUUGUCUUUCUCUUUCUGUUAUCCGUCUUCUCUUUGUUUCUCGGAUGAUAACAGCCAAUCUCGCCCCCUUUCAAACAGAGAAAGAACAUUUCUGUCGUUUUGGAAAGAAGAUGACAGGCUGCACACCAGGAGCUCUGUCUGGGUCGAUGUUUGCCUAUGCAUCUUAAUAUGUCUGUGCCGCCAUUUGGCUGUCUGUCUGUGCAUCUGGUUCACUAAAGUCUGGCCAGAAUGAAAAAUCAGAGCCAAUCACACUUACAGAAAUGUGUGGGAGAUACAGACCACGGUGGAGGGGAGGGGCGAGAAGGUGUGAGACAUGACAGAGGGGAUGGAGUUGAGAUUUUUUUUUUUUAUAGUACAUGUUGUGUUUUAAACUAUGUUGAUUCAUCUGCUGCCCUUUGAAGGGCAGGAUGAGGGUUGGGAGCAGAAUAAUGUGGGAUGAGGUUGGUGUCACAUACUCUGUGCCGGUGCUGUGUGCUCACAGCAGGGUGAGUCAGGGCUUUUGUUUUUUUUUUGUGCUUUUUAUUUUUUUCUGAGUCCUUUGCAGCAAGUACUCGCCAGUCCCAUUAAACUUAGCAACACGGGAUGACAGCAAGCUGCAGGGAUGAACUUUCCUCAUCUAUAAAGUCUCUCACAUAUUAGCAGCUACAAGAUCUGAUGGCUCCUCAUACAGUUUGUGUAUAAAACAAAAGCCAUUUUAACUUUAAAGGGAAAAACAGUUUUUACGUUCUGUCAGGGUCACAUGUAACAUUAAAUCUGUCUUUUUUCAUAUUGGUUGGUCUCUAACUGUCCAAUCGGUAUCAGGGGUAAAGACAGAGAGAUACUUUGAUUUUUGAUGUUUCUUAAACACACGUAGGUUGUUUUUUGUUUUUAUUUCAAUUUCAGCAACAUCCACAAGGAAUGAUGAACAUGAAACGAGUGUGGACAUUUCUGCAGGACAAUGAUUCCAAAGCCAGAGCCAAGGAAGCUCUCACCUGGCCUUGGAGAAAGAAAAUAAAGCAGCUUGACUUGACCAGCCAGUCACCUGACUUGAGUCCUCUUGAAAAUCUCUGGAAAGAACUAAACAUCAGAGUUCAUUGAAGAGGCAGAAGCUUUCAGAUUUAAAGAUAAAGUGGAAGAAUGAGACAAAAUGACACCAGAGCCAUGCAUGCGAGUAGUUUCUCCAAACAGGAGGCAUCUUCAAGAGGUCAUUACCAAAGUAUUUAAUAAAUAUCAGUAAGCGUGUUCAAUACUUCUUCCUUAUGUCAUUUCAGAUUAUCACACAUAACUUAAUUCCUGAACUGUUUUGUUUUAGUUUCUUUCUAUGUAUGGAUUACUUGGUUUGUAACACACACCUUUAUGCCAAUAGCAUCUUUAGAAAUAUAUUUACCAUGAAAAAUUGUGAUGUGUUCAAUACUUAAUUUAUCUGCUGUAUAAUUGUCACAGUUCAGGUUAAAAAGAAAAGAAAAAAAACUAAUUCAGUCUGGAAAUGUGGUCAAAACAAUCUGAUAGGUGUUCUUAAGUUUAGUUGACAAUAAAAUAAAUACUACUCGAUGCAA